AUGAAAUUAGAUUAUGUCUUAGCUUUACAACCAGAAGAUUUCUUAGAAAGAAGAUUACAAACCCAAGUCUUCAAGUUAGGUUUAGCCAGAUCUAUCCACCACGCCAGAGUCUUGAUCACCCAAAGACACAUUGCCGUUGGUAAGCAAAUCGUCAACGUCCCAUCCUUCAUGGUCAGAUUAGACUCCCAAAAGCACAUCGACUUCGCCCACAACUCCCCAUACGGUGGUGGUAGAGCCGGUAGAGUUAAGAGAAGAAACCAAAACAAGGAAUCCGGUGACGGUGACGCUGAAGAAGAAGAAUAA